AAUAUAGAUGCAAGUAUUUUAAAAGAAUCACAGCUAAUUUCCGAUUAGUAUUUACUAGGACUUUUAAUACACAAUUCUCAUGCCUAAUUCUGCGGCUGAUCGACUCAUUAAGGGACCCAGGAAGAUUAAUCAAGAUGGUACGCAAGUCGUUCCUCGUGUACGAGUUGCUGAGGACCGAACAGCCGCAGGAUGGUUUCUCGGAGAAGGAAAUUGUCGAGCAAAUCAGCAAUAAGCACGACAUCAUGGCUGGAAAAGGACUUCGGAGACAGGUGGCCGUGGCUCUUCGCCGAGGACUCGAUUUCGGCAUCCUCGCGAAAAAGAACAAUAAAUUCAGGUUUGAUCCUGAUAAUGCAAAAACUACCAUCAUGAAGAGAAGAACCACGUUGAGGAAAUCUCGAAGCAAGAAGAAGAAGAAGAAUAACAAAAGGGCUGCGAAAACCAAGCGAUCGAACACUAAAUCGGGAAAGAAAAGUGGUACCAAGCAGAAUCAGAAUCGAAGUGUACCUCCACCAAGACUUCCGAAAACCUGGGUACCAAAUAGAAGGAACUUAGCUGACGAGCCUCUGUCUAAGGUCAAAAAGAUCUAAAUACAAGAUUUAUGCUAUUUUUCUCGUGACACCUGUAUAUUUUUGAUUGUUUACCAGUGAUUAUUAUUUAUGUUUCAUGGAUGUAUUUUUAAAAUGUGUUUUAAUAAAGUAUAUUUUCCACUUU